UGACUGUUGUCGCGAACAUGGACAUAACUCCUGUAGGGAACUUGAUUUUUCAGUUUGUUUUACGUUCGAAAAUUACAUGUUAAUAAUUAAUUAAUUUUGCUCCGUCGGCCAUGCAGGAUAGUACCAUUCUCAUUUCCUAUGGUUUUCACUGGAACGGUUUACAAAGCUUCACGCUCCACAGUUUAGAUGCCGGGUACAUUGAAAUAAUGGCCCAUGUUGACACAUCCAUGUUGCUGAUGCGUUAUUAUGGACACUCAUGUUUUUUUUGGAAACUGGCCAGCUACAGUGUGGAUCCAGGCCCUGAAAAGUUAUCUAAUCUUCAGGGUCAGGUGAAUGAUGUAAAGGGCAUCAUGUCACAGAACAUUGAAAAGGUUCUGGAAAGAGGAGAAAAGCUGGAUGAUCUAAUCAUUAAGACAGAUGAUCUCCAAGCAUCUGCUGACACUUUUCAGAAAACUUCCACAAAGAUUGCAAGGAAAAUGUGGUGGAAAAACACAAAAAUGAUUGUUAUCAUUGUGGUAAUAGUCGUUGUGAUCAUCACCCUCAUCAUUCUCAUUGCUACAGGUGUCAUCCCAACAUAAGACCUUUCUACUUAGUACUGAUGGUUCAGCUAUUAAAGCAAAUGUACCUUCUUGUAUAUAGAUAGUAGUUCUUCUCCAGAAAUACAUAGUUGCAUAAGUUUUGAUUAUAUUAUAACCAGAUAUACAUAAACAUGAACAUUUUAUGUACAACUUUCAGAAUAAGUGAAUAAGGGAUAUUUAUAUUUGAAGUUUAUUCCUUGAUGGAAUUGCACAUAAUUAUACCUAUAUCGUUCCUGUUGUAUAUGUGUCUGAAAGGGUUAAUACUAAAAGAGUGCCAUAAGUACCACUCACCAUGAUAAUGUCACAUGGACAUGUGAGCAGACAUUUUAGAAUUUCAAAAUGAGACCUAACCUCUGGCCCUCUUCAAAGUCUCUGUAACAAUGUCUAUUAUUGCAAUGUAACGUAAUUAAUUGCCAACAUGCAAUAAACUGUAUCUUGAUAACUAGAA